AUGGAGGGAACAAACAACAUUUUCCAAACAACCUUUUGCCCACAAACCCCCUCAAACAACAAUGCUGAGACUAAUAACACUUCCACCACGGCAGCAGACCAAUUUAUUGUUGAGGACCUCCUUAACCUCUCAUUCGACGAUGCUGACAUUAUUUAUGAUGCCAGCAUCCUCGACUCCGCCACUGGGAACUCAACAGCCUCAUCCUCCACAGCUGCUGUCGCCAAUAGCUGUAACUCCUCGUCAUUUUCCGGGUUUGACCCCAAUCUUAUUCCCGAUAAUGGCUGGCAGAAUAAUAUCUCUGACUGCCAUUUCUCCGGAGACCUUUGUGUUCCGGAGGAUGAUUUAACAGAUGCGGGUUGGCUUACCAAUAUCGUGGAUGAUUCGUUUUCGGGUGAGGAACUUGAAAAGAUGCAACUGAUAUCAGGCAUGAAGGUGCAAAACAAGGACGCAGAGGCCCGUGAGGUUUCCCAGCUCGGCCGAAACAGCCCAAUUUUUGAUAAUGAAGUGUCAGUCCCAGCUAAGGCCCGUAGCAAGAGGACGCGUCAGCCCCCUUGCGACUGGACCUCGCGUCUUCUUCUUCUUUCUGAAGCAGCCUCGUCUUCUUAUGAGCCAGAACUCCUUAUACCUACUCCAACCCUACCCUCCGUCACAGUUCCAAAGAAGCAGGCAAAGACUGCUCCAAGAAGAAAGGACAAUUGUGACGGAGGGUCAGGUGGGGAUGGUCGCAGAUGUCUGCAUUGUGCAACGGACAAAACGCCCCAGUGGCGAACUGGGCCUAAAGGCCCAAAGACUUUAUGCAAUGCGUGUGGUGUGAGAUACAAGUCAGGCCGGUUGGUGCCCGAAUACAGACCCGCAGCAAGCCCAACAUUUGUGAUGACCAAACACUCUAACUCGCAUCGAAAAGUGUUGGAACUACGGAGACAGAAGGAAAUGUUGCAGACCCAUCCACACCAACAUAACCAGUUCUUACAACAUCAGAAUAUGAUGUUUGAUAUGACGCCCAACGCUGACGAUUAUUUGAUUCAUCAACAUGUCGGGCCAGAUUUUAGACAUCUGCUCUAA